CCAGAAAACUUCAGCAACAAUCUGCUGUUUUUAGACAAAAACAACCCUAAAAAAUUGUUGAAAACAGCAAAGUUGGACAUAAGAUAGCUACGAUAGAGAACUAAGGAAAGAAAAUGAAGCGGAUAAAUCAACAGUGUUCUGAGGAUCAGCUUAACACUUUUGAAAACCAACAGGUGCACGCUGCUUUCCAAGAAUUACAAAAUGAGAUUUCACAAAUUGCCAUCUCUCCAGAGACCCGAAGCUUAGGAUCAACUGAUACACAGGAAAGCCAGGCAAAAUCAUUUCCUCUGAAAGGGACGAAGUCGUCAAUGGGACAUUCAGCAGGACAACAUCCCAAUCCAGUAACUUGUAAUGUGGCAGACACUUAUGAAAACCAAGAUGUUCUCACUGUCCUCAAAAAAUUACAAAGUGAGGUUUCGGAUACUUCCAACUCUCCGGAGACCCAAAGCUUACAAUCGGCUGUCAGUGACAAUGGCGGGUUAAAAUCCUUUCCUCAAAAAACGAUUAAAUCCUUCACUGAAAAUGUAACAGGACAACGACCCAAUCCAGUAACUUGUAGUGUGCCAGGGACUUUUGAAAACCAAGCGAUACGCACUGCCUUCAAAGAAUUACAAAACCAGGCUCCAACUAUUUCCAUCGAUCCACAGACCCAAAACAUAGAAUCAGCUUUUAUUGAUGAUGGCCAGUUAAUCUCAUGUCCAAAUGAAGUGAUUAAGACCUUGGCCGAAAAUGUGGCAGGACAACGUCCUAAUCCAGUUCCUUAUAGUGAGCCCGGCACUUUUGAAAACCAAGAGGUACGCGCGACCUUCAAAGAAUUACAAAAACAUGUUUCAGGAAUUUCCAUCUCUCCACAUACCCAAAACUUAGAAUCAGCUGACUUUGAAAAAGGCCAUUUUAAAUCAUUUCCUGGAAAUGCGAUUAAGUCUUUUAUUAAAAAUGUAGCAGGACAACAUUUUACUCCAGGACCUUGUACUGCCUCUGUGCAAGUUCCUUCUCCAGAAAGUUAUACGGCCUCUGUACAAGUUCCUUCUCCAGAAACUGGACCUUUUGUACAAUUUCCUUCUCCAGAACCUUGUACUGCCUUUGAACACGUUCCUUAUGCAGAGAAGUCUACUCCUUUUAAUUUCUUCAAGAGGCCUGCUACUGGAACCAUUCCUUCAAAGCUCAGAGGCAUUGGCAGAAAACAUGAUCCCCAUGUUCCCAACAUUGGGGAGCAGGGAACCAGCAAAUCGGAAGUAGCUGCUCUACCAUCUGUUACCAAGAGGGACCUUGAUAGCGUGGAGGCUGGGCUACCAGGAGACACUAUAGCACGAAUUAGACACAGGGCAGGUCAAGACAAUCAAGAGAAAGGAAUACAAUGUUUUGAGCACGGCAUUGCUCAGGGAGAAGAUGAUUUGACUGACUGCGAGUUCCACUGCAAAACUUGCAAAUCCAAUGUUAAACCCUCUGUGCUUAAGGAGUUUAUCUCUGAGGUGUCAGACUUACUUCAAUGCCAAACAUGUAAACAUGAAGUUUACAUUAUUUCUGCUGUCAUCAAUAGGCUUUUGGAAAAAUACCCCCGUGAUUCUAAACGACUGCUGCUGUGGGAACAGUCUGGUGUUCUAAAAAGGCGCCUCUCCAUUUACCUGUCAGCUCACUUAGGCAUUCAAAAAUGUAAUGAAGUUGAUCGGAAACUAAACUCGGAUUACUAUGCCAAGGUCAUCGUUAACAACCUUCUAGGAAUUUAUGGUUCACCAAGAAAGCUGAUCACAGCAGCAGUUCUUCCAGACAGCAACUUUUGCGAUGACUUUGUAGCGUUUGUUGGAUGUGAACUCGUAAAGACGAGAGCAUACAAGAAAUAUGACACAGAUAUGUCAGCGUGGACGGGGCUUCUGUCAGAGUCGUUGUGUUUAACCAGACUGAAGAUUCACUUCUGUCAUUCGACAGCAGUUAGAACGCAUCUCCACGCCACUGAAAAUGCACUUGGAGGGAUGAUGAAUUCUUCUUGACGGCUUCAAGACGAAUCCAGAAGAGUCCAAGUUCAAACAGACACACGACAAAAACCCAAACAGAAGGACACAAAGCCAGAGGAAG